GGAAAAGGCUCAGGAUGUGCCAUCGCAUCAUGAUAGUGAUUCUUCUUUGCAAUCAGGACAAGUUAAGCAAACUCUGAAUGGACGUUGGCACUUCCUGCAGAUAGACUGGUGGAGCACUUAGCUGUACAAUGGCUGACUGGGACUAUGACUAUUUGAUCAAGCUGCUGGCCCUGGGGGACUCGGGGGUGGGAAAGACCACCUUCCUCCACAGGUACACCGACAACAAGUUUAACCGCAAGUUCACAACCACAGUGGGGAUUGACUUCAGGGAAAAGAGAGUGUUAUACACAGGGAGAGGUGCUGAUGGGACGACUGAGAAGAACUUUACAGUCCAUCUCCAGCUUUGGGACACAGCAGGACAAGAGAGGUUCCGCAGCCUCACUACAGCUUUCUUCAGAGACGCCAUGGGCUUCCUGCUGAUGUUUGACUUGACCAAUCAGCAAAGUUUCCUCAACGUCAGGAAUUGGAUGAGUCAGCUACAGGCCAACGCUUACUGUGAUAGUCCAGACAUUGUGUUGGUGGGCACCAAGGCAGACCUCCGAGAUCUGAGGGAUGUUCAUGCCAGACAGGCCAGAGAUCUGGCAGACAGAUACGGCAUCCCCUACUUUGAGACGAGUGCAGUGACAGGUGUUGACGUGGACAAGGCGGUGACCACCCUGCUGGAACUGGUGAUGAAGAGGAUGGAGCAGAGCACUAAUGGGGGCCGCAGCUCUGAACCCAACGGCAGCCCCAUCGCCAGCCAUGAGGUAGAGGAGGCCCCUGUGAGGAGGAGGUGUGCCUGCUGAUGUUGCCUCCAGCAGCCACUCUUUUCGCAUUCAGCCCAGUUAACCCUGCAUUUUUAAAAUGUUGCUGUUUUCUGGAGCUGAGGGUGUCUGCUAGGUGAGGCAGACAAUCAUAUCGACAUCGUAAAAUCAACUAAAAUAUGAUCCAAACUUGAGAGGACUGAAACUUCUGGCCCAAACUUCUGGCCCGGUAUACCUAAAGUAAUAUAACAUCAUACUGAUUAUAGACAUUAUACUGAUUGUAAUGUUAUUUAUUCACCUGUGCACUGUUAACUGAGUACAAAACUUGUAUAUAGGAACUGAACAUAGGCGUUGUCGUAAAAACUGGGAUGUAUUACAACAGACGCCAAGUUGUGAUUAAAAAAAAAAAAGUCAAUCAAAACGGGUCAUAUCAGAGAAAAAUACUGGUUUUAUUUGACACAUUUAGGCAUUGAUGGAAGGAAUAUGCAGGCACAUAACGUAUAUUUAUCAUGGAAAUCAAAAAACAUUUAAGACAUGGUUACAAUUUGUUAGAACAACCAAGAUAGCAAAGUCCCUUAC